CAACGUUAUUUAAUUUUUCAAAAACAUUAUUUCCACAACCGUUUAUUACAACACCACAACGCUUAAUUCUUUGGAAGAGAAAGUUUUAGAAACUCAGAAAAAAAAGGAAAGAGAAUUAUAAUAUUCUUUUGUUUUUCAAGAAAAAAAUUGUUGCCUGAAUAAUAUGUGGAGGAAUCCGGCCGUCAAUCUGCUCAAACAAGCGUUCAAGUCCGCCGCCCGACCCGGACCCGGACCCAAAUUCCGGUCCAGCGGCCACGGCUCCGGGUUUUUUCGUGGCCCGUCGUUCCAGUUCCACCACUACUGCAGCUCCGCCGCCGGCGAAGACGAGAAUGCGAUGACGUACGCGGAGGCGAAGAGGCUGAUGAGGCUUGUGAAUGUGGAGGCGCUGAAGGAGAAGCUGGGAAUGGAUGGGAAGGAAGUGAUUCCGUACGGCGAGCUCCUGAAAGCCUGCGAGGCCAUCGGCGUUGCCAAGUCCGACGGCGAGGCGGCGGCGUUCGCCAGGGUUCUUGAUGAAGCCGGCGUCGUUUUGCUCUUCCGAGACAAAGUCUAUCUCAACCCUGAUAAGGUGGUCGAUUUGGUGAGAAGUGCGGUUCCACUAACACUACUACGAGAAGACGAUCCAUGCAAGGAAGAGUUCAAGAAGCUGAAGGAGAAGAAGGAAGAAAUUGAUCGGUUGGCCCACGCGCAAGUUCGUCGAAUACUGUGGAUGGGAUUAGGUCUAGCUGUUGUCCAGGUAGGACUAUUCUUCCGACUCACGUUCUGGGAAUUCUCGUGGGAUGUGAUGGAGCCGAUUGCUUUCUUCACUACCACAGCUGGCAUUGUCAUUGGCUACGCUUACUUCCUGAUUACUUCGCGGGACCCGAGUUAUCAAGAUCUGCUCAAGAGGCUGUUCUUAUCGAGGCAGAGGAAGAUUAUCAAGAGCCGUAAUUUCGAUAUUCAGAGGUUUCUUGACCUGCAGAACAAGUUUAAGUCGCCUGUCGAGUCUGUUGCUUCCAUUAGGAGGAGGAUUGGCGUGCAGCUUGAUCCCGAGGAUCUUUUGCAUGAUCGUUGAUGAUUGUUGGAUUAAUUCCCGAGGCGGUUUUAUAUAUUUUUGAAAAAUUAACAAGAAAAAAGCUCCUGUGUUUUUCUUCGAUGGAGUUUCUUACUUAUAUUCGAGCAUAAUUUUUGGUCAAGAUAUUAACAUAUAAUUUUUUGUAUCGGAUAUAUAUAUAUAUAUAUUUGGCCGAAGUUAUACUCUAUAUUAUUACUGGGGGUUAUAUG